UUUUUUAAACGAAAAAAUAAAAAAAAACUUUACGAAAAAUAUUUUUUUCAAAAAAUAACUUAAUUGAUUUUUUAAAACAAAAAUUGACCAACUCGAAAAACUCUAACGAAAGUGAUCUGAAAAGUUUUUAACAAACUCGUAAAAAUUUUUGGCACCGUUGUUUAUAAAUAAUUAAAUUAUGUCUGAAUAUCGCGGAGACAUAUCUAUUCCCGUCAGGAACGAAUCCAGGAGUUAUUGGUCUUCCGAGGGCAGGUCCUUGAAAGAUAAAUUUGCCGAAGAAAGGAGAAAAAUGGAAGCCGAAAUGGAAAAUUUGAAACAAAAAUUUCACUUUUCCAAAGAUCGUCCAGCCUCCUCCAUCGAACGUUCGAAUUUCGACAACAGCAGAGAUUACCAAUCUUCCUCUUACUACGAUCAGAGUAGCAGUAGCAAUCGAGAUAAUUAUUCUAACAGGAGUCCUCAGAGAUACGAUACUUCGUAUUAUCCCGAGAAUACAUACAGGCAACAAACCGCUUCUUCUACAUUGGCGCCUUAUCAACCGACCGGCUCCAUCCAAGGUUUUGGCAACCAACCAGCCGGCCCCAUCCAGGGUUUUGGCAAAAGUCCCGAAUGGCGCUAUGUCGAAACUGGGCCUGAUGGUCGAAAACUGGUUAAACUACAGUUCGAUAUGAUUAAUUACCAACCCAACGAGAUUCAGGUCUUGGUGGAUAACGAUUUUCUCAAAAUUCGCGCCAAACACGAGGAAGGCGGUCCUAACAGAUCUUGUUACCGGGAGUACAAUCGUGAAUUUACUCUACCCUCGGUUAUCAGGAGCAAUCAAAUUAUAUCCCAUCUUUCGAGAGAUGGCAUACUAACCGUAGAAGCCCCGCUUCCCCAAGACUUUGAUUACCGCAGAAAUGAUAUGGGGUUCGACCUGAAAGUGCCAAUUGAGUAUCGACAAUAAGGUGAUUGGAAAGCUCAAAACGUUUUCUUUAUGUUAACUUGUAAAUUAUAGUAAAGUUUGUAUAAAAUCUUUUUUUUUGCCCCUCCUUUUUUAAAAAAAAUAAUAUUAAGAUUAACUACAAAUAACAAACUGUUUUGUUUUAAAAAAAAAUUUAAAUUUAAUAAUAAAAAGAAGAAGAAGAAGAAAUUUUAUUAACCUCGUCGUCGAGAAUUAUAUAAAAAAUAAAUAAAACUAAAAGUAAUAUGUGAAAUAUUGUUUGAUAAUUUUACACACUACAUUACACAUAUCUUUCUUAUGAUUUUUUCUUCCUUAUUCGGAGUUUCUAAGAAUUGAUAAUUAAAUUAGCCAUCUUAUCACAAACAAAAAAAUAAGUUAAUUCUAAUUUUAGGAUUUAUAUUUUGCGCAUUAAAUCAUAAAUAAUCCUUAUUAUUUUCCCCGCGACCUAUUCAAAAAUUAAAUCAAACUUUAGAAAAUCAUAUAUAUUUAUUAUCCCCAGAAAUCCAUUAAAUUUAUUAAUUUCAUCCGCUAAUUUUUCCAAGUUUUUUUUUUGAUUUAUUUAUUGGAAAUUGAAAUCAAUAUAUUUUAUUUAAUCUAAUAUAUAUAAUUAUAUAAUUAAAUAAUUAAAUAAAAUAGAGAGAAA